UUUUGACGUUUAAGACAUUCUUUUAUAAAGUGUUCUCUAAAACGUUUGUGCAAGGCUUUGCUGCUUUUUAUUCUGACAGUUAGAGACACAGCAUUGUAAUGUGAAGCCGCAAGUUUGCUAACCUAAACCAAGAAGUGAGCAGGGAGGCUAUGAGACUUAGCAAACUUCUGACUGCCACAUCGUCACAAACUGCAGGGCCGCCGGUUCCUUUAGGGCUGAUUUUGGAAGAUGUCAUCAAGAGGCUAGACUUUGUCUCUGGACUUGCAAACCCGUGCAUGUCUAGAGAAGGUGACGUAAAGAAUAGACUUUGUUUUGAGUAAAGCUUUUUUUCAAGUCAGCCAUGGCUCGUGAUGAAGACGAAGAGGAGCUGACGGUCGAGGGACCCAAGGAGGUGGACAUGUUUACAUCGAUGCGGUGCCUGGGUUACCUGUCCAGCUUCACUCUCCUCGUGGCGGUGUGCGUUGGCAUGUACGUACGCUGGGAGGUGACGGAAGAAGCGAUGAUCAUCAUCAUCUUCAUCGCGGGCCUCGUCGUCCUGGGGAUAGCCAGCAUCCUCCAUUACUACUUUGCGAUGGAGAAAGCCAGUCUCAGCUUGUUCCAUUUGUGGUUUGGCUUUCUGCUCGGCCUUCUGUGCUUCCUCAGCAGCACCGCCUUGGAUUCAAAUGUCAAGGAACUGGUCGCCAACUAUCUCCUUUUAGCCAGUGUAACCAUGAAAACGGUAUGGGCUUUAACUGAGCGGAUAUGCAGCUCUAUCCGGUACAAACCCACCUUGCUUACAUCGAGUGAGUUUCUGGAGCUCCUGGGAUUUGGCAUAGCCAGCACUGCCAUGCUUUUGCACAAGUCAGUUGCAAUAAUAGGCAUGGUGGUGGCCCUGGGGGCUCUCAUCGUGGACCUAAGGAUGAAAUCUCUCCUGGCUUUGCCUAACCUGGUCAGUUUUGCCUUGGUUACAUCUCUGGUGUUUUUCCAAGCUUUAGACAUCACCGCCAACCCAUACGCUUUAGGCUGCUACCUGGGCAGGCAGCUAUGUGAGCCCCUGUUGGACAUGUACUUCAGCGGGCUGGGGCCCAGUGAGCGCUGGAGACCAGUGCUCUCUUUGGGGAGAGUGUGGAGGAGGCUGUCCCUGCUGCCGUUCAGUGUGACUGAGCUGGCCUUCUUCGUCCUGGCUGCCCUAAAGCUUGGCCACUUGGAGCUGUGGUAUUUGGUGAUCCCGGGGUUCUGCCUCUUUGGCCUUUUCUGGUUCAUCUGCCACAUAAUACUGCUGAUGACACUAUGGGGCUUCCACACCAAGUUGAGCGAGUGUCAGAAAUCCUGGCGGGCCGAGCGAUCCAUUAGCCGGAGUCUGGACCAAGUCCUGGCGUCCAGGGGCAUCCGACACUUCUGCCUCAUUUCAGAGCGGCUGGUGUUCUUCAGUAUGCUGUCAACCAUCAUACUGGGAGCUGUGUCCUGGCAGCCUUCAAACGGCCUCUUCCUCUCUGCUCUGCUGGUGGUGCUGCCUCUGGAGUCCCUGACCCACGGCUUGUUCCACGAGCUGGGCAGCUGCCUCGGGGGAACCUGUGUUGGCUACGCUCUGGUCAUACCUACUGCCUUCUGCAGCGCUGACGGGCAGCCCACUCUCCUGCCGCCUGAGCACGUUCAGCAGCUCAACAUGCGCUCCACGGGGAUGCUGAACAACGUGCAGCGCCUCUUCUCCCACCACAUGAUCCAGACGUUCGGUUGCGACUACUCCACCAGUGGCGUCACGCUGGAGGCCUUGCUGACGAAGCUGCGCAGCUUCCUGGAGCUUCGUACGGACGACGGACCCCGGCAUGACACCUAUCUGAUCUUCUACAGUGGGCAUACGCAAAAAGGCACUGGGUCGUGGGCUCUGACCGGAGGUGAGAGCCUCCACCUGGGCCAGUUGCUGGAGUUGUGGAAGGAGAAGAACGCUGGCCAAUGCUCCCGCCUUAUCAUCGUCUUGGAUACUGAAAACUCCCUCCCCUGGGUGAAGGAGAUACGCAGGGUGGAGGGCAUCUAUGUGGCCGCACAAGGCGCCGAGCUGUCUGUCACCAGGGUGGACCCCGAGGUCGGAGACAUCCCCCUCCUGGGGGACUUCACCGCCGAGUGGGUGGAGUUCAACUGCAACCCAGAUAGCGAGACCCAGUGGUCGGACAAGGGAAGGACUGUGACGGCGGCGUACGGCGUGUCCAAACGCUGGAGCGACUACACGCUUCACCUGCCCACAGGAAGUGACGUGGCCAAGCAUUGGAAGACGCACUUUCCCAAGGCUACAUAUCCCAUGGUGCACCUCUCCAACUGGUGCUGUGGCCUCAACCUGUUCUGGUUGUGCAGCGUGUUUCUGCGCUGCUUCAGGAGGUGUAAACUAGCCUGGUUCCCCCCAGCUGUUCUGGACACUGGGCAUGGCAUCAAACUGGUGCACUCUUAAUAAUGAAGGAAAGCAACAUUAAUGUUUUGACAGCUGGGUACGAAGUGUGUGUAUAAAAGAAUAACAAAUCUCCUGUAAUAGUAUACAGACAGACUGAUGUGUGGCCUUGUGUCAGGUCGUUCAACACCUCCCAAAUGUGUUAUGGUAUAGUGCUUGAUUGCUGUAAUGCAGAAAAAACAACCUCCUUUGGUAAAAUAUGUCACGAUUACAGCGGAUAAAAUCGUGUGAAGCACGUUACUAUGGUUUCUCAAUAUAUGGUAUUUGGUAAAGGACCAAACUGGGUGUUUUUGUUAAAGUUUUAUAUUUUUUGGACUAUGUGAUAUCAUGCUUUUGAACGUUUUCUUGCCAUUAAUGCCUUUAUUUUGCUUUGGAAAAGUUUCUGGUUGCCUCUUUUUGUUACUACAUGUUAUCAUAGUGCCUUGAAAACGCAUUGAAGAUAGGUUGGGAUCAUCUUUAAUGCUGAUAUUUAAUAUAUGUAAAUGUAUGUAUAUACUCUGUCUAUAUCCUUGCCUUCCUCUUUUAUAUAUUUUGCUCACAAUCUUAAUUUAAACUGUGGGAGCAGGGAGGGAGGGGAGUCUGUGUCUUAGAGCCUUUCAGCUGGAUGGAUCAAAAAACUUUGCGGCUGAACUCGGUGACCUUCCGGUUAGGGCACCAUCUAACCACAAGCCCCACCUGCCAUUCCUCACUUUCACACAGGGGACACAAUUAGCACAAUCCACCAGAAAAUGCUAGUAAAAUAAAAGUGGCUGCUAGUUUAAUUCUCAAGCCAUUUCGCAAGCUGCUUUUCAGACCUGCAUUUAUCCCCAAACCGCAGAUAGAUGAGACAGAUGCAUUGGCUUUGAGACGGUAUAUAAUACUUAGAGACCCUGGCCCGGUAUUGGGCGUUGUCCUGUUUAUUUACACAAAUACAUCUGAGUUACUUGCUGUACAAACACUGCACUACUAAUUGUUCUACGCUGUGAAAAACCUUAAGCUCUUGCUGCCUUAAAGUUUGUUUUUCUCUGAGGUCAAGUUGCAUUUUCCACACGUUAUUUCCCCUUGUGCCUGGCUUGAGUUAUGCAUGACAAGGUCUAAAUAAAAUUGGCAUAAUAAACUGAAUAAACUUU